GGGUAUUUUUUGCUUGGAGAAGAAAGGGCUGAGAGGGCUCGUGGAUGCCAUGUUUAAAUAUUUCAAAGGAUACCCAUUGAGGAGGAGACAAGCUUGCUUUUCUGCUGCUCUAAAGACUAAAGAUUCAACUUGCAGGAAAAGAGAUCCCUUAUGAACAUUAGGAAGAACUUCCUGGUGACCCUCCUCUGGACCUUUAACUCCCAAUGAUGGUUCUGCCAGUCUGGCCAAAACGCUGCUAUCGUCCCCGGCUGUUGUGGGGACUGCUCUCCACCAUGAUUGUUCUCAUGACCCUUCGCUUUCUGACCAGUGGGGGCCACGAGGAGCUGCUCUCACAUUCUCUGCCUUACUUCAUGCCAGACAAGGGGCACCCUAUCAGCCCCCCACUCCUGCCCUCCUCAGAUGACUUCCUCCUUCUGCCGACGCCCGAGGCCCGCUCUUCCACGGAUCCUUCCCUCCUGGUCCUGGUUGUCAGCACUCCUCACCAUGUAACUCAGCGACAGGCAAUCCGGUCCACGUGGGGAGGGGCCCGCUGGGCUGGGAAGUUCACGGUCCGGACUUUCUUUGUCUUGGGGCUGCCCCGGGAACCCUCGCUUCAGUCAGCACUAGAACAGGAGGCGGCCGAGCACCAGGACCUGGUCCAGGGUCGGUUCUUGGACACCUAUGGCAACCUGACGCUGAAGACACUGUCCCUCAUGGGCUGGGCAGCCACCCACUGUCCUGGCAUCCUCUUUUUGGUAAAGGUGGAUGAUGAUAUCUUCCUAAACCUCCCUGGCCUGGCUGAGGAGCUGGAACACCACACCACCCUGGUACCCACCUACCUAGGUGAGAUCCACUGGCGGGCCUGGCCCAACCGGGACUCCCGAAGCAAGCACUACAUCCCCGCCAGCCUUUAUCCAGCAGAGCACUUUCCCCUCUACUGCAGCGGCGCAGUCUAUGUCCUUUCAGGGACUGCUGUGCCCAUUUUGCUAGGGGCCUCCCGCCAUGUGCCCCUAGUGCCUGUGGAGGACGUCUUCGUGGGGCUCUGUGCCCAUUGGGCAGGCAUCCUCCCCCAGCACCUGGCCCGACUGACUGGUGCGGCCCACUAUCCGCCAGACCCCUGUUGCUACCGGGAGGUUCUCCUCAGCGUACACAAGGUGACCCCCAUCGAGAUGGCAGCUGUCUGGGACUCAACCACUCCUUACAAGAAGACAUGCCAGGUCUGGCAGUGGGCACUGGGGUUCCUGCGGUGCAAGGCCCUGGCCUGGAUGGCUGACCUGUAAGUGAAGGGGCAGCUGAGUGUCUCUGGACAAAUGGUCAUCUGGCUGAAAGUUCAUGCUAGCUAGAGGUCAAGCUGUGGCCAAAGCUCUCUGGUAAUAAUUUUGGGCAUCUCUCCAUCUGCCCAUCCAUCCAUCUUGGCCUCUCUGCUCCUGCUGCUUAUUCAGAUCAGAACUGGGAAUGUUUAAAUUAGGCCAAUUUGGAUAGUUUGUUUAUAGCUUCUAGGAGUGGGUUCCCAGCCUCCCACUAUUGCAGUCAUUUAAGGAACAGUGUUCAAACACUGCUGUCUUGUGUUCUUUGCUUUUGGGAGAAGAAGAGAGAUCUACAAAGCAACUGAUGGAUGGAUUUAUUGAUGUAUACCUGUGGGGCUCCCACAUGAUUGAGAAGCUUCAGGACCCCAAAGGAGCAGAAAGAUGGACUUGGCAUUACCACAUUGGGAGAUGGCCUGAACUAACUUUUGCAUUCAAAAGAAGGGAAAGAGGCAGGACAGCAAUAUCUGACUAAUCUAAAUGGAUUCAAGUCUCCAGGACCAGAUGAACUACAUCCAGGGGUAUUAAAAGAACCGGCAGAAGUAAUUUCUGAACCAAUGACAAUCAUCUUUAAGGAUUUCUGGAGAACACGAGAAGUUCCAGCAGAUUUGAAGAAGGCAAAUCCCCUUCUUUUUACCCCAUCUUCCAAAAAGGCAAAAAGGAAGAUCCAAACAAUUACUGCCUGGCAUGAAACGUUUUGGAGGCAU